GGAGCUGAUAGCUAUUUCCUCCCUCAGCCCCACUCCCCUGCCUCUGCCUGCCGGUGACUCGGUGACUCGGUGACUCGUCUGGCUGCCACCAGAAGCUGUCUCUGGGGCUGGAAUCCUGUGCUCCUUCUGUGCCCAGAGGCCCGUGCUACCUGGAGAAGACUGUGGGUUUUCUCAUCCCGGCCAACAGUGUUACCCCUGGAAAUAGCCGGCCAUGUCUGCCAACGUCACGCUGAAGCCGCUCUGCCCCAUCCUGGAGCAGAUGAGCCGCAUCCAAAGCCACAGCAACUCCAGCAUCCGCUACAUGGACCACGUGUCGGUGCUGCUGCACGGGCUGGCCUCGCUGCUGGGCCUGGCGGAGAACGGACUCAUCCUCUUCGUGGUGGGCUGCCGCAUGCGCCAGACCGUGGUCACCACCUGGGUGCUGCACCUGGCGCUGUCCGACCUGCUGGCCACCGCCUCCCUGCCCUUCUUCACUUACUUCCUGGCCGUGGGCCACUCGUGGGAGCUGGGCACCACCUUCUGCAAGCUGCACUCCUCCGUCUUCUUCCUCAACAUGUUCGCCAGCGGCUUCCUGCUCAGCGCCAUCAGCCUGGACCGCUGCCUGCAGGUGGUGCGGCCCGUGUGGGCGCAGAACCACCGCACGGUGGCCGCGGCCCACAGGGUCUGCCUGGUGCUCUGGGCCCUGGCCGUCCUCAACACGGUGCCCUACUUCGUGUUCCGGGACACCAUCCCGCGGCUGGACGGCCGUAUCAUGUGCUACUACAACGUGCUGCUCCUGAACCCGGGGCCCGACCGCGACGCCACGUGCAACUCGCGCCAGGCGGCCCUGGCCGUCAGCAAGUUCCUGCUGGCCUUCGUCGUGCCGCUGGCCAUCAUCACCUCCAGCCACGCGGUCGUGAGCGUGCAGCUGCGCCACCGCGGCCGCCGGCGGCCCAGCCGCUUCGUGCGCCUGGUGGCGGCCGUGGUGGCGGCCUUCGCGCUCUGCUGGGGGCCCUACCACGUGUUCAGCCUGCUGGAGGCGCGCGCGCACGCCGACGCGGAGCUGCGGCCGCUCGUGUGGCGCGGCCUGCCCUUCGUCACCAGCCUGGCCUUCAUCAACAGCGUGGUCAACCCGCUGCUCUACGUGCUCACGUGCCCCGACGUGCUGCGCAAGCUGCGGCGCUCGCUGCGGAGCGUGCUGGAGAGCGUGCUGCUGGACGACAGCGAGCUGGGCGGCUUGGGGAGCAGCCGCCGCCGCCGCCGCGCCUCCGGCCCCCGCCCCGCCCCCGGGCCCCCGCGCCGGCUCGCCUGGCUGUGCGGCGGCCGCCUGGCGUCCGCGCAGAGGGCCCGGGCCCAGGACGAGAGCGGCCCCCUGAACCGGGCGCUGAGCACCACCUCGGGGUAGGAGGGCGGCCGGGGCUCGCCGGCCCGGGAGGCAAAGGAGGGCGGCGAUGCCGAGCGAGAGCGUCCCGAGGGCGACGUCAGGCAGCGACCCAGGGAUCUGCAUUUUGCAGCGCCCGGCCUCCUCGGCCUUUCUCAGAAUCCUAGGCAGGCGGCAGGCCGGGCGGGACGCCCAGGUUCUGCAUUUCUAGCAAGCUCCCUGGAGACGAGGUCGGCGCAGGGGCAACACACAGCGAAAACCACAAGAUUUCUCAGACUGGGCAGUGGACUCCCGAGGCACGCAGGACACACUCCCCCUGAAGCUCAACUUUGUCAGAUGGUGGGAGGGGGAGGGAGGGGAGUGUUUUCACAUGAAACCAGUGAUGGGUUUUGGGGUAGAAAACAGAGGGGAAAGGUUUGGGAAGCACUGGCCUGGUCUAACCUCUUCAUUUAGUCCCUCAGCCACCGUGUACUGAGCUAGACGCUUUAUCUCACAAUCCGGAGGGUAGGUUCCAUGGUCAGACUGAGGCACGUGGAGGUUCAUCCACGUGCCCCAAGUACAGGGUCUGCACACUGACCAUGAACCAUUACAUGUUCCACUGCCCCAGGUAGAAAAGCAAGGCCUUUUCUAUAAGGCUUUUCUUAUGAAGUAGCAAAAGCGAGGGCUGUCGUGGUCAACCGGGGCUAACCCAAAUGCAACGGGCAUCUUUGCUGAAGGUCUUCUCAUUGUUUAGUAUUUCAACGUGUACGGCAGCCUCGGAGACCCCAGCACGGGGCAUUUCCUUGCGAAUCUGACACCUGUAUAGGCCUGGUAGUCCAUGGGAUGCCCUGUGGGCAAUGCUGGUAAUCCCCAAAUCUUUGCAACCCACCUCCCGACUAGCAGCCACUGGGCAGCUGUGCCUUCCAAUUUGCAGAUGUAAGGGGUAGCUCGUCCCUCCCUUGCAGCACACCCACUGUGCCAUGUGCUUCCUCUGCCACCAUGGACUGGAGGACAACGAUCGCUGCGCUUAGGUCUGUCCCGAGGCCAGGCACAGAGUUGCUGCCAGUAACUGGUGGAUGAAACGUCUGUGGGAGAGCAGAGAGAGAAACCCUCUUGGGCUCUCGGUCCAGUGCUGCCUGUGCCGCUCCUGGCUGGGGUCCUGGAGACUGGGCUGGCCAGCUUACCGUUUGCCACGGUGCUGGGCCUUGCCCGCAGUAAGUGCUCAGCAAACGGAUAGUAGAUGCACAGCUGGCUGAACAGACACCCCUCUUAACACCUCGCCACGCGCCCUGCCAGCCUCCCCUCACUUGUCGCCGCCUGACGCACAAUGCCGUUUUCUUGUUUAUUAGAUUUUCUCCGUCAGAAUGAAAGCUCCUUGUGAGCAGGGGCCUUUAUAUUCCCCGAUACCUAGAAUUGAGCCUGUAUACAGCAGUGUUUCAAUAAAUAUCUUUGAUGCAGA